AAGUUAAGAAGGAGUUUGAGUAAAAUAUUCAUUUAGUUUUCAACUUUUAAUUGUGACACUUGAUAAACAAAAUAUUCUAAUAUUUGUAAUUGUAAUUGUAAUUGUGAUUGAUUUUCUAUUAGAUUUUAAUUGAUUUUUAGAAAUUUCGAAUCAUCGAAUAAUCAAAAGAAAAAAAUGAAGAUCGCCUUUUGUCCUAUGGAUGGCCAUGGUCAUGUAAAUGCUUGCAUUGGAUUGGCAAAGAUUUUGAAACGUUAUGAGAAUGAAUGUAUUUUCAUUGUUCCCAAAAAUUGGACUAAAACUGUCGCUGGGAAUGAUUUUGGUAUCGAAGCGAUUGAAGCCGAUGGAUUCGAGGCCGAUCGAGAUCCACAGGAAAAGUGGGGCAAAUUCAUGGAGCAAAGAUCGCGAGUGUUUGACAUGGAGACAGUGGAGAAAUUCAUCCAUCUGAAUGUGCCAAGUAACGAGAGUUUCUAUGAUUAUCUAAUUAAAACGGAUGAUCAAUAUUCGUUGAUUUUGGAAAGGAUGAAACCCGAUUUGAUUAUAUUCGACUUUUGGGUCUCCGUUCCUGCCAUCGUCAAUUCGGGCAUCCCUUAUGUGACCUUGUGGUCAACCAAUCCUCUUCUCGCCUACUGGUCAUACGGAGCUCCCCCUUACUCGUCGGCCUUUGGAAUCAACGACGAUCCCAAAGAGUUUGAGAAGUUGAGGAUCGCCUUCAAUGAGAGUUUAGCAGAGAUUAAAAGUUCAUUCGAUGAGUUUUAUCGUUCGAAAGGAAUCGACCCAAGUAAACAAGAUCGAAUUGACUUCUCAAUCCUGGGUAAAUCUCCCUUCCUCAACCUUUACCCUUACCCGGAAGACUUGGACUACUCCGAAUUCGGCCCAGUCCCAGAUAAAUGGUUCCGAGUUGAUCACAUGGUCCGAGGAACUGAUGACAUUCCCCUUGGAAUCGAUGAAUCGUUUUUCACCUCAAAUGCCAAUUGCAAGAUUAUCCUGUUCUCUCUCGGCUCCCUGGGUACAUCCAAUUACCAGUUGAUGACUCGAUUGAUUAACAUUCUCGGUAAAUCACCACACAAAUUCAUCGUCUCGAAGGGUAUUCACCAUGAGAAGAUGCAAUUACCUGGUAACAUGACCGGAGCCAAAUACUUGAAUCAGAUGAAGAUCAUGCCUCGAGUGGACAUGGUCAUUCAUCAUGGUGGAAACAAUAGUUUCAUUGAGACUCUUUACUUUGGUAAACCUUUUAUUGUGAUGCCUCUUUUUGGCGACCAACAUGAUAAUGGCCGAAGGGCAAUCGACAAGAAGAUUGGGAAAUGUUUCUUACCCUAUCGAGUGACCGAGGACGAACUUGUCCAAGGAAUCGAUGAGAUUCUCAACGAUAACGAACUAAUUGAAAGAGUGAAAUUGAUUGGGAAACAUUUGAGAGCCACAAAAAGUCAUGACAUUUUGAAUGAGAAAUUGACAGAAAUGGUUAAUCAAUUUAAGAUGAACAAUUUAAACAUGAACGCGAAUGCAAACACAAUCAACACCUCGAAUACAAACAUCACCACCAACACCAACUCCAACUCCAACACCAACCUAAACACUAACAACAGCACCAACAACACCAACAAUCAAACCAAUUCUCACAUAAUCAACACCAAUAGUGUAACAAUUAAUGAGAAUACAAAUAAACAAUCAAGGACGAUAACCAAUGGAUCAUCAAGUCAUGAUAAAUCAGGAAAGAUUUCACCAGUUUGGAAUGAGCCUUCAAUCCUCAUUGAAUCCUAACAAUUGGAUUAAAUUUGUAUCCUUUUAUAAUAAUUAAUCUAUAAUUAAUCUUCAAUCAAUCAAUCAAUCAAUCAUUUAAUUCAUAUUCAAAAUGGUAAAGGUAUUAAUUACAAUUCAUACUCGUAUCUCUUUCAACAACAUUUACAUUUAAUUACCCAAAAAUUACCUCUUCAAUUGUUUCUCCUUCUCUUAAUUAAUUAAUUAAUAUCUUUGUAACUUUAAUCACAAUUUGUUUUUAUUUAUCGUAAUCAAAAAAAAAGCUGAUCAUUAAACUAUUAUCAUAAUUUGAA